AAUGACCCUCGGAUCAGGUCUAUAAAGCGAGGCUUGUUCCACCUCGAGAGAACAAUCAAAUCAAAGAGACAUCAAAAUCUCGUGCCUCACUUUCACAUUCAGCUAGAUCUUCAGAUCACAACAAACCCAUAUACUCACAUUCAAGAUGACUCGAACUGCGAACGCUGUCACCCUGCUCGGUGCAGGCACACAAGGCUCACGUCUUGCCUACAUGUGGGCACGUCAAGGAACACCGGUGUACAUUGUGGACAAGGAAUCGAGUCACCUAUCCCAAGCGUUCGACUUCAUUGAGGAGCUGCGCCGCAAGGAGUCACCACCUGAGAAACAAGGUCCAAUCACCCAACUAGUUGUCGCGGACCUGGACCGGGCACUCUGCGAUUCCUGGUUGGUCAUCGAGUGUCUCCCCGAGAAUCUGGACCUCAAACGGUCCAUAAUCCAGCAGCUGGACGACCAAGCCGAUCCAGAGAUCAUCAUUGCGUCUAACUCGAGCAGCCACUCGAUCAUAGAGGUCUGCGAGGGGCUUGAUUUCAAGGCUGAUGAUCGCUUCGUGAACUUGCACUCUUUCUGGCCCCCAGAAACCCAAGUCCUCGAAGUCAUGGGCACCGACAAAACCCGCCCUGAAAUCAUCCCUCUCCUCAUGGACGAAGCCCGCAAGCACGGCUUCCAACCCUUCCACGUCCGCAAACCCUCAACCGGAUACAUCUUCAACCGGAUCUGGGCAGCCAUCAAGCGCGAGACGCUGAUGGUGCUAGAGGAAGGCGUCGCCACCCCCGAGGAGGUCGAUCAGAUGUAUAAGGCCGUCCUGCAGACCCCCAAGGGACCCUGCGAGCAGAUGGAUGUGGCCGGGCUGGACGUCAUCCUGGCGAUUGAAGAGCACUAUGCGCAGAUCCGUUCUGGUAUCCCCGAGGGUCCUCGCAAGUAUCUGCGGGAGAUGGUGGACCGGGGCGAUUUGGGGGUGAAGACCGGUUCGGGGAUCUUUGACUAUGAUAAGUGAGCAGAGUCUGUCAUGUAUGUGACGGUGUGCAGAUUUAGACGUUUGUGUUCCUGUUGUGCUGUUU